AAAGAAUCUUUACUUCACCCAGCUGAUGUUAAUUUACUAUUUCUCUUGAUAAAAAUAGUAACAACGAUCAGCGGGAUCCUCUUACAUUACAUGGAAGGCCGAACAGCUUUAACUCUUAUCGUUCGUUGAUCCCCGAUCCCCCGCCGUGUCGUGUGACAAAGCCCAUCAAUGCAGACAUUUAAACAAACUUGAUGUGUUGACGAAUGGUAGACUUGAGCUUAUGGAAGUGUAGAUUUAGGCCGGUUUGGGGGAGCUUUUGGAGAGCGCGUCGUAAAUUUAGUGAUAGAGGAAGAGAGAGAGAGAGAGAGAGAGAGAGCGGACCGGGACAGAUCCAUGCCCCUCCUCCUGCGUCCGCCUCCUAACUCUAAUCUCUCAAUCUAUAUAAUAUCUCUCGCUCAAUCCCAACAAUCCCCGUCAUCGUCGUCGUCUUCUCUUCUCUUCCUGAUUCUUUUAUGAUUCCAUGCCCGUGCCGUGUCCUCUUGACGUCGUGAGGCCGACCGACACAUCAUGAUAUUAGAUGAGGUAGGAUCCGGAACAAACCUCCCCUUCUCCUAAUUUCCCUCCUCGAUCCGUAUGCGUUUCUUCCCCUAAAAACAAAAAACAAGAAAAUAGGAACCCAAGAGGAAACAGCGAGAGGAGCAAGAGCUAUGAAAGCCGGAGGAGGGAUGAAGGAUGGCUCUGAUGGAUACCACCCAACGACCCCCACCACCAACAAUAAGGCCCCUCUCAUAUGGGGCAUCCUCGCCACCAGCGGCAAGCCUUCCAACCGUCCCAUGUUCAUCCCCCGGUUCAUGAUCUGCCUUCUCGUCUUCAUCUCCUCCAUCUACUUCCUCUAUACUAUCAAUCUCCUCUCCUCCUCUCCCCUUUCUCACCGCCAACUCCCCUGCUCCACCACCACCUCCUCCUCCGCCGUCGCCGACCCGCUCCUCCACCUUUCCUCCUCUAAUAUCUCCGUCCGUCCUCCCCACACGGCCACCACCAUCACCAGGGCCGCGGCGCCCACGGGGCUCCAGCACAUUGUGUUCGGGAUCGCGGCUUCCGCCAACCUCUGGGACCGGCGCAAGGACUACAUCAAGCUCUGGUGGCGGCCCCGCCAGAUGCGGGGUUUCGUCUGGCUCGACAAGCCAGUGAAGGAGCUCGACAACUCCGCAGCCGCCGCCGGGCUCCCCGCCCUCAAGCUCUCCGGCGACACCGCCCGCUUCCCCUACACCCACCGGAAGGGCAGCCGCUCCGCUAUCCGCAUCUCCCGCAUCGUCUCCGAGACCUACCGCCUCGGCCUCGAGAACGUCCGGUGGUUCGUCAUGGGCGACGACGACACCGUCUUCGUCCCUGACAACCUCGUCCGCGUCCUCUCCCAGUUCGACCAUCGCCAGCCCUACUACAUCGGUUCCAUCUCCGAGAGUCACCUCCAGAACAUCUACUUCUCCUACGCCAUGGCCUACGGCGGCGGGGGGUUCGCCAUCAGCCGCCCCCUCGCCGCCGCCCUCGCCCGCAUGCAGGACCGCUGCCUCCACCGCUACCCGGCCCUCUACGGCAGCGACGACCGCAUCCAGGCCUGCAUGGCCGAGCUGGGCGUCCCCCUCACCCGCCACCCGGGCUUCCACCAGUACGACGUCUACGGCGACCUCCUGGGUCUCCUCGCGGCCCACCCCGUGGUCCCGCUCGUCUCCCUUCACCACCUCGACGUCGUCCAGCCCGUCUUCCCCGGCAUUUCCUCCCGCGCCGCCGCGGUCCGCCGCCUUUUCGACGGGCCCAUCCGGCUCGACUCCGCGGCCAUCUUCCAGCAGUCCGUCUGCUACGAAGCCGACCACCUCUGGACGGUCUCCGUCUCGUGGGGCUUCGUCGUGCAGCUGGUGCGGGGGGUGAUGUCGCCCCGGGAGAUGGAGUUGCCUGCGCGGACCUUCCUCAACUGGUACCGCCGCGCCGACUACACGGCCUACCCCUUCAAUACCCGGCCCGUGGCUCGCAAUCCCUGUCAGAGGCCUUUCGUCUACUACCUCUCCUCCGCCCGCUACGACGCUCCCCGCCGCACCACCGUCACCGUGUACGAGCGCCACCGCGAGGUCCACCCGGCGUGCCGCUGGAAGAUGGACGACCCCUCCGCCUUCGUCGACCGCAUCGUCGUCUACAAGAAGCCCGACCCCUCGCUCUGGGACAGGUCGCCGAGGAGGAAUUGCUGCAGGGUGAUGUCGUCGCCGAGGGAUGGGAAGAAGGGAAAUAAGACGAUGACAAUUGAUGUGCGCGUUUGCCGGGAAGGCGAGAUUAGUGAGAUCUAGCUACCUCCCAUUUCUUUGUUUGUGAUUCUUGGCCUGGGAUUGGGGAGGCAAAGGGCUUUGAAUCAUGACCGCGACUCGGCUCAGACCUCUACAAAGAAACUAGAUGAAAAGGAGAGGCAGAGAGAUUCGCCAUGUAUUAUUUAUGUUUUUUUGGCUGUAGGGUUCAGCUCGCUAUUUAUUAUUUUAUCUGUAUUCUAUAUUUCUAUUUCUAUAUGCUUGCCUCUAUGUAUGCAGCUGGUCACGAGGGGCUGGAAAUUUUCUUGUGACAUCACUGGGAUGCUCUGGUCCAGACUUGUUUCCGUUGCCUCCA